UGAAUGAUCUUCCAGCCGAGGAAGCUCUCUAUCACCACACUUGCAAGGAACUGUUCAUGGCAGGCAAGUUCCCUCCAAAAUAUACUUUAGAUGACAAGCAUUCUUCCAACAAGAGAAGAAAGGCAGUCACACGAGCUGUCAGGGCUCACCUACUUGUGGAUGCUGCUCUGAACACAAUUGCAACAGCACAAAUGCUUCAUGUUCCUGUACCACAUGUCUUCAAGGACGAUGCUGACAAUGGCAAUCAGAUUGAAGAUUCUCUUGACCCUACUGAUGGAGAGGAUAUAGCAGUGAAUGAAGAACCCCAAGAUAUGCUGGAUGAGCAUGAUGUUGAACCUUUGCCAGAUGAGACUUACCAGAAUGGUGCAGACAUUCUUACGGCAAUACACAAUGUCAGCAAACAAGUUUCAGAUGGCAAUCUACCCCUUGAUGAAGCUGUAGGAACUACUCCUUUCACAAAGCUACAAGAAGCUUCCACAAGAUGGUGA